UAUUGGGAGAACAAAGCACCAAGACGAAUUUCGCAACUUUAGGAUUUUUGUAGCUUUCUAUAGCUGUAUUUCAAGUGUAAUCUUGCACGUGUAAUCUCCAACACAUCUGACAAAAGCAAAACAUGCGCCAAUCUAGUUGUCAAAAGAUGUUGGAAUUGUUAUAGUAUUCCACAGGUUGUGGCAAUCAAUAGAUCGAUGCUUUAUUCAAUUUCCACGUGAAGCCUCUUUAGUAGAGGUCAGAAAGUAUUAGACAAAUCGAGAAAUUUGAAACAUGAAAACGAACCUGCUCAUCAUAGUCCUGGCAUUUUCUAUUAUAAGCCUGUUUCGUGCAGAGGAUACAGAUUUGGGGUCCAUUAUUUUCGCAAAUAUCUUGUAUAGACAUGGAGAUAGGACACCUUCAACUUCUUAUAUCAAUGACCCCUAUAAUAAUCAAAGUAUUUGGCCUGUUCCAUAUGGCCAAUUAACAAAUCUUGGGAAACAUCAACAUCUGCUGCUUGGCCAUUGGCUCCGCAAACGCUAUUCACGCUUGCUACUUGACUUGUAUUCUCCGUUUGAUAUCUAUGUCCAAAGUACCGAUGUGGAUCGCACUUUAAUGUCAGCAGAAGCACAUCUUGCUGGCCUAUAUCCACCAAAUGGUAAUCAAGUAUGGGACAAUAUCAAAUGGAUGCCUAUUCCUGUUCAUACUAUUCCUGAAAAUGAAGACUAUGUACUGGCUGCUAGAAAGUACUGUCCUAGAUAUAAUUAUGAAUUUGAAAAAGUUCUCAAAUCUCCAGAAAUGAAACGCAUAGAUGAAGAAAAUAAAGAUUUAUAUGCAUAUUUAACAAAAAAAUCAGGAAAUAAAAUUUCAUCUCUAAGAACAGUGGCAGAACUUUACGAUAUAUUAUUUAUUGAGAAUCUUUAUAAUAAGACAUUACCAGAAUGGACAAAAUCUGUGUUUCCAGAUAAACUUAAACCAAUCGCUGCAAAAAGUUUUACAACCAGAGCCCACAAUAAAAUACUUCAAAGAUUAAAAUCAGGUUCAUUAUUGGGAGAAAUGAUAGAUCAUAUGGAGAAAAAAUCAAAAAAUAUUUUAAUGCCUGAUAGAAAAGUGUGGAUGUAUAGUGCCCAUGAUGAAACUGUUGCCAAUAUGUUAAUGACUUUGGGUGUGUUUGAACCUCAUUGCCCACCAUACACUGCUAUGAUUCUCAUAGAAUUAAGAGUAAAUUUAAAAAAUCAGUAUUUUGUAACGGUUUCUUAUAAAAAUUCGAGUUCGGAACCACUUCUUUUAACACUACCCGAUUGUAUUACAUUAUGUCCUUUAAAUCAAUUUAUUGCAAUAACAAAAAAUGUUAUACCUAUAAAUUGGGAAAAAGAAUGUGUAAUGGAUUGGGAUAAAUUUGGAUACAAUAUAAAUACAACAGCAGUUAUCGCGAUACUAACAUCUUCAAUAUUAAUGUUAGUUUUAUUAAUUUUGUCUGUAAUUGGCUUUAUUUAUUGGCAUUACAAACGAGAACAUAAUCAGUAUUACCUUCGAUUAACGACGGAUCCUAUAUAAUCAACGUCGUAUUGUUGAAAAUGAUAUAUUGCUUUUAUUGUAAUAAUCAAUGUCUUCAUAAUUAAGUGAUUAGGAACGCAAAGAUAAAUGAUGAACUCGUAUCUAAUUUUACACACUGUAGGGAAUAAAUUACUGACACGAGAAAGGCUGAUAGAUCUUUCAUAAAACAUUUCAAAACUUUGGAGAUAUUUGUACUUUUUUAUUGGUGAUACGAUACUUUAGUGAGCAAAAAAUAAUGUAUCCUGUGAAAUAUCUACUGUCCGCAUACGGAGUGAAACAGAAAAUUUGUCCGCUUAAAAUAUUUCCGUUGUUUCUGGACAUAGAAAAAAAUGUGUACAAAAGUUGUACAGUACGACGAGGAACGUAUUAUAGUGGCGUUAGUUUUUUUUGUGAAAGCGUAAACGAAAUUUCAAAUUUGACUUAUUUUCUAAAUAGAACUUCAUAUAAUAAAAAUUGGAUAUAUGCUCGAAUUGAUCUACGGAGAUUCCCCUUGGCACACCACAAAGCUCGGCAGCCGAGAAGGACCUCCUUCUCUUUUACUCGUCCUUUCUUACGCUCGAUAGUCGAUCGGGGCUGUUUCUACAAUUAGAAUCGAUCCAUCUACUCCAUAAGUGCCUGGCUUGAGGACUCAAUCUUCGGGCAUAUAUUGUUAUGAGCCAGGGCCGUGCAGCGUGCGUGGCCUGCGAGUGCGAGAGAGAGUAUGGAAUAUGAUAUCAAGUUGUUAGUUAGGUGCACGGACGAACCCGAUGCGAGAUCGGGGAGCCGCUAGGAUAAUUGAUAACGAGGACGAACCUGAUGCGUAAUCAGGGAGCCUCUAGGGUGGAGUCACUAACAGACCAACCUGGUGCGAAACCAGGGAGCCGUAGGAGGAUGAAACGUCGUGAACAAACCCGAUGCGAAAUCGGGGAGUCUCUAGGAUUGUUGAUAACGACGCAGACGAAUCCAAUGCGAAAUCGGGGAGCUGCUAGGAGGUUGGAAUAAACGCAGACGAACUCGAUGCGUAAUCGAGGAGCUACUGGGAGGUUGGAUAAAUCACAGACGAACCUGAUGCGUAAUCAGGGAGCCACUAGGAUGGUAUUAGAUUGCGUGGACGAACUCGAUGCGUAAUCGAGGAGCCACUGAGUUGUAAGAAUUUGUAUUUGGAUUCAGGAUAUGUUAAUUGACCUCGUAACUUUCAAUUAUUAAAUAUAAUAUAACCCGAACGGUGUAGCCCGAUCUUACGAGAUGCAACUGACUAUCAAAACCGUGGACAGCGUAACGAGACGUGAUGUUAACUCUAAACGUAACUGUACGAUUCUGAUCCCCCGAGUAAGGAAAGCAAGGGGUUUAUAUACCAAAAAAUCUGUGGGGGAGGAUUCAGAUGCACGUUAGACAUUACCAUAUUUGAUAAUCUCCGAACUUCGUUAAUCACCGAGCAGCUGCAUCUCGUGGGAACUGACUCUACAUUCCAAAGGGUAGAUAAGUAGCAGAGCGUUUUCCUAAUGCACGCAAGUGGUACGGAAAAAUUGGGGAACGAAAUGUUCGGCAUAUGUAACAAUAUCAAACUUAUACUGAAUUUCUUUAUUUUUAGCGCAAUAGGGCAAGUUGUAGUAGAUGUUAAAGUGAUGCCAUUAACUGACAUUCAAUAUGAAAACGUUAUAAAGAAUACUCUUAGAAUUUUAUUAGAAAUUUAAAUGAAUAAAUGGUAGAGGAGACAAGAAAGGGUCACUGGUGACCAGUUCAUUUAUUGGACUCUCUUGGUCUACUAAUGAACAUUGUGUGCAAAGAAAGAUCUGUAAAACUAGAAAAUAUGAAGUACAGGAUAGUUAAUGCGUGCGUUCAAAAAAAAAAAACAAAAAUUAUAAGAUGUAUACAUGAUGCAGCAGUUCAAAAACUGCAACAUUGAAUCUAUACUAACGGCUAUCAUUUCGAACAUCUAUUAUAACGUAAGAAUCGUUAUUCCAUCGUUUUUUAUGACCUGUCGUGAACUUGAAUGAUCUCGUUUAUAGUUCGUUGAAAUCGUCUAAAUAGUUCCUAUCUCAUUAAGGAUAAAAAAGUAUGACGUUCUAAUUUAAAAAAUAAAAUUGUUCUUAAGAUCUCCUUUACACCUCCUCUAAAAAACUAACGCUACUAUAACUUACACUUUUUUUUCUAUGUUUACAGCGGUACAGUAAAUAUCUUAGAUGGAUAAAGUUUCCACUUCACUCUGUAUAUUACUUACUAACUGUUGGAAACAAAGCUGUUUUAUAACUUUUGUAAUGAUUUUUACUAGCUUGAUAAAAAGGUAUUAGAUUCCUAACACUUUUUGUGAUUACAAAAGGGUACGUUACUUAAUUUGAUUUUUAAAAACAUGUGAGAAAAUAAGCUGUGAUGAGGCAUGAAAUAGUUUACAAAUUAAUUGUGAGAAAAAUUGAAGUAUUAAACAUUUACUUUUAACAAUGGACGAUUUAAAAAAAAAAUGUUAAUAUUAAUAGUGGAAUUUGUAAUUGCAGAUACGUCUACAAGAAAUGAAAAUUGUUUAAAUAUACUUAUAACGGCUGUGUUAAUGUAUUUGUAUCAAUUACCUCAGGGUAAAUAUUAUUUACUAUACAUUAAUUAAUCCUUUGAGCAGUACGAAUGUACAUUUAUAUUAUACUUUAGUUUACUUAUAAUAUGAAUAUGCAUGCGAAUACUUUUUAAAUUUUAUAUCAAAGUAUUGGUAUUGCCAUUAAUUCACACCUGACUUUGACAUUUUUACACACGACUAUUUAAUCAGUUGUUUGUUGCAUGUUGAAACAUCGUUCUCAGUUAUAUGAAAACUCACUGCUCAAAGAGUUAACAAAUUGUAAAUUGAAGAACAAUUUGGUUUUAGUAUAAAUUAUAAUUGGAUUCAUAUAUAUGUUAUAAUACUGUUAAGUUCUGUAACAUUUAAAUACUUGUAUAUGUAGAAAAUGUAUUUAUCUACGAUAUUUCAGAGAUUGUCUAGUCAUUGUUGUAAGGUAUAGAAGUUAAAAACAUGCAUUGUCCUUAAGCAAUGAAAGAUAUAUCUAAUCAUUUUACUGUUACUCUUUUGAAAUAUCAUUUACGAAUAACAUUCUCUAUAUAAAAAAAAAAAUAAGAAGUUAGAUUUAGAGGAAAAGAGACAAUACACGAAGCUAAAGAAGAAAUAACUUCCUGCUCGAUCGUAUAAUUGGCCUGGGAAUUCUUUUUCCUUUUUUUAACUGAACUAUUUUACAAUUACAAUAUUUUAUUGCUUAACAUCGAAAUAAAUGUACAAAUAUGUAUACAUGUAUCUUAUUCGGAAUAUUUUUGUGAUAUUUAAAAAUAAAUAAAUAAUACAAACAAAAUUGUAUCGUAUUUUUAAUCGUAUUUCUUCAGUUAGCUCCAUGCUCGAAACGGAACUUUUAAUUUGAAAUUACCUGUUUAUGUAUCUUGAG